GUACAAGUACAGUGUUACAAGUUACAAGUACAGUGUAUAGUGUACUUUACUCUUUCCCGCUGAUGUUGGUGGAUCAGUGACUGGGACGUCUCCGGUCUGGACUGAAGGAGCUCUGUGGAAAAUAUAAUUUUGCCUGAGGAACACAGCUCGGUACAGCACCGCCAUAUGCUACCCUGAUCCACUGUGACCCACGGCGUUAUUUAUACCCCCAGCCCACGCGAAGUGUUGGGACGCUCUGCGGUGUGUGCUCAGUGUUUGUGUGCGCAGUGUGUGUGUGUGUGUGUGUGUGUGUGUGUGUGUGUGUGUGUGUGUGUUUAAGUGAAAGUGAAACCGGGCUACUUAUGUUAUUUUGCUGAACGGAAAGGAAGCUGUCGUAGUCACAGGCCGUGCUUCAGAUGACUGGAGUCUGUGUAUUUCCUAAAAUAUGUGUAAAUCACCGGCAGGCAGACCCAGUGUUGGUAUUUCUGGACAUGCGGGCAUCAUCUCUCCUCCUCCUCACCUUCAUCUUCACCGCGGCUGAGUACCCCCUCCACAUCUUCGGGGUAAACGGAAAGUGUGAGGAACCUAAACAAGGGAAUAACUACGGAAAUAUACCAGACAACAUUAGUUAUGAAGAAAAUUCCAAAUUCCGAAUGCCGUGUGUAGAAGGCUAUUUAAGAAAGGCUGGGACAUCCAACCUCUUCAGAUGCCAAACAAAUAAUACACAUGGUCAACUGGAAUGGAAUAAUUGGCCACCGCUGAAUUGUACACCUGAUCCAAGAAAACAGCGAUCAACUACAGAUGAUCCAACCACAGUUGCAAACAAACAGACCCCCAUCACUGCCACAAAUCCCACUCUCUCCACCCUCAGUUCAGCAGAGAAGCCUUAUUUUACCACCAUGGGAAAAACAAUGGACACGUCUACGACUCUCGGACAGACCACCUUUACAACGACACACACAGUUGCCACAACAGCAGAAACUUCCCAGAACACAACUCUGAGGACCACAACAAAGGAGGAGGAGCCUAUGACCACAACCGAUAGUGUAACACUUUCCUCGUCCAGUACACUGACAGACAGAGAAAAUCUGACCACAAUGUCCUUACAGUCCACCAGUUCAAGCAACACCAGCACCACCGUCCCCACCCUUAAAACCAGCACCAACGCCAGCACCGCCAUCAUACCCAGCUCCGCCAUCAUACCCAGCACCGCCAUCUUACCCAGCACCACCAUCAUACCCAGCACCGCCAUGAUACCCAGCACCGCCAUCAUACCCAGCACCAACACCAUUACAGGACCCGGUAAGGGUGACCGCCUAUCUUCUAAAGCUGUGGGAGGAAUAGCUGCAGGAACAGUAUUACUGCUGAUUGUUGUCGCAGGGUCAGCGGCAGGAAUAUUUAUCUUGUGUAGACGACAAGAUGUCAGCAGCACAGCGGUGGAGAUGAGACUGCCCCCCGGCUCGGAUCAACCCCUGUUAGACACACACACUGCAACCUUACUUACCAGCUGCCCAGACUCUGCCCAAAAUCCCAAAACAGACCCAUUAAUUGUUGUUCAGCAGGCAUAAUCCGUUGGACGUCUUUUUUUUUUUUUUUGUGAAUGCUUUUGCCAUGUAUAUGUGUGUGUGUGUGUGUGUGUGUGUGUAUAUAUGUAUAUGUCUGUAUGUAUAUACAAAAAUACAGUUGUAUGUUUUUCAUAAACAUAAAACUAAAUAAUAAAGUUAAGUUCUUGUAAAGUUCA